UUUCGUCUUUCCACCUCCAUAUCAUCGAUUACCGCCAUAUUGAAUGAUAUACACAGUUAAUGACCCUUCACUCUACUCUACGCACUAAACCCAACUUGUUGAUCGAAAACCCUAAUCGUUCAUUGAAAUCUUGCAUUUGAUCAUCAACCGCAAUCGUAAGUUUGAAUCCACGAGGAUGGUCCAAAUGUGGGAAAUCAGGCCAAGAAAUCAGUGUUUUGAUGCAAUCCGAAUUUACGAAGGAUAUCCCACGAUGUUCACUAUUGAGCUCCAUCAUGGAGGGAGGUUCACAAAAUUCCCAGGGAUAAGCUACAUUGAAGGAAAAUUAGACCACAUUGACUUGGUAGACAUGGAUGAGUUCUCUGUGCAUGAGUUGGACGAGGUGAUGCUGAAGCUUGGUUAUGAUGUACCACCAGUCAUUUACUACCACUAUCAAUUGCCAAAUGGAGAUUUGGAGUUUGGUCUUAGAGCUCUAGGGAAUGAUAUUGAUGUACUUAGUCUUGCACAGUACAUUGAACAUCAUAAGAUCAUCAAGGUAUACACUGAACAUAAUGAAACUAAGUUACUUACAUACUUUAUGUCUCCAAGAGUUAAACCUAGGGUCAUAAUUGAGGAAAUAGCAGAUGAUGUGCCCACUGCAACUGUUGGUGAUCAAGAUGUCCCAAAUCUUGAAUUGUGUUUAGUAAGAUAUGAGACACCCGAAUACAAUUCAAAUAAGAGAUUGAGGUUAGUUGAUGGGAGUCAAUCAUGUAGUAAGAAAUUGUGUUUCAACUUGGAACACACUGCAACUGUUGGUGAUCAAGAUGCACAUGUUGAAAUUGGUAAUGAAGGUGCAAAUAUUAGUGAGCAAGGUGCAACUGUUAGUGGUCAAGAUACACAUGUUGAAAUUGGUAAUGAAGGAGCAAAUGUUAGUGAUCAAGGUGCAGCUGUUGGUAAUCAAGAUACAGAAGUUCAUGAUCAAGGUGCAAAUGUUGGUGACCAAGAAGUAAAUACAAGAGAGUUUGAUACCUUUGAUGACCAACCAUUUCAAUUUGAAGACUUUGAUCCUUUCUUUGAUCAAUAUACUUUUAAUGAUGGUAAUGAUCAGAGUAUGGGUGUUGGUGCAGAACUUGGCACAGGACUAGGGGAAGUUCAAUUUGAAAGUGAGGGAGUUUGUGAAGGACUUGGUGAAGGAGGUAGUGAAGGGGUAGUGAAGGGAGUGAGGAAGACAGUGAUUUUCUUGAAGAUGAAGAAAACUAUAGGAAAAGGUGUUGAGACUGAAAAUGAAGUUGUUGAUACAGAAGAUGUUGAAGAUGUUGAAGUAAUUGAUAAUGAUGAAUGGGACUCAUUAGGUGAAGAUAGUGAUGAUGAAAGAAGGAAAGCAAUAUUAAAACAGAUGGUGAAGGAGAAGAAGUGCUCUCUUGGUGAAGUCCAUACAGUUACUUUUCAAGUGGGUCAAAAGUAUAAAAGUAAAAAGGAAAUUAAGAACAAAGUCAACAAACUUGCCAUUGAGACUAGAAGGAAUCUUGGCUUCAAGAAAAACGACAAAACAAGGCUUAGGGUUGUGUGUAAAGGUAAUGUACCUAAUGUAAAUGCAAGUGGGGUAGGUAAGGGCAAUAAAUUAAAUUGUUCUUGGUCAAUGCAGACUUCACGGUCAAAAGAUAGUGAUUAUUGGUAUGUGAAAACUUUACUGGACAAACAUACUUGUGUUCAAACUAGAAAACUUAGGGCUUGCACUGCGAAGUAUAUAUCUGCAGAAAUCUUAGACAUGGUCGAGUCUAACCCUACAGUACCCCUUCGAAGCAUUCAAGAGCAAGUUCAGAAGAGGCUUCAAGUUGGUGUGUCCAUACACAAAGUACAGAGAGCAAAAGCAACAGCUACAAAGCAAGUGAGUGGUGACUACACAAAGCAAUACGAGGUGUUAAGAGAUUAUCUUAUGGAACUACAAGCAACUAAUGUGGGUACAACUGUGAAGCUUGAGGUUGUUAAUGAGCCUAACAGUACUAGAGAAACAAGGCAGUUUAAAAGGGUGUAUAUUUGCUUAGGGGCAUUAAAGAAAGGGUUUAAAGCAGGUUUAAGAGAUAUUCUGGGACUAGAUGGUGCUUUUAUGAAAGGACCCUUUCCAGGCCAAGUACUCACAGCAGUUGGAUUGGAUUCAAACAACGGCAUAUACCCACUUGCAUAUGCCAUUGUUGAGACUGAAAAUAUGAGUAGCUGGAAAUGGUUUCUAGAAUGCUUGGGAGAUGACUUAGAGUUGUGCUCAAAUUCUAACUUUACUUUCAUGAGUGAUAGACAAAAGGGACUCUUACCUGCUAUAGCACAACUAUACCCACAGGCUGAGCAUCGAUUCUGUCUAAGACAUAUUUAUGAGAACAUGAGGAAAAAAUGGAAAACAAAAGAGUAUAAAGAUCACUUAUGGCAGUGUGCAAUAGCAACCACAGUACCAGAAUUUGAACACUACAUGAAUGAACUUAACAAGUUUGAUAAGGAUGCUUUUGAGUGGUUGAAGAAAAUCCCCCCUCACCAUUGGGCCAGAAGCCACUUUUCAGGCAGAGCAGGAUCAGAUAUAUUGCUCAACAAUUUAUGUGAGGUUUUCAACAGUAAGCUUAUUCAUGGUAGGAAUAAGCCCAUCAUAAGUUGUCUUGAGUACAUCAGGCAGUACCUUAUGAAGAGGAUUUGCAAUGUGAAGAAAGUGAUGUCCAAAGCUCCAGGUCCACUCACUCCAACAGCAUCAAAGUUACUUGAGAGAAAUAGGGAAGCUUCAGUCCAAUAUAGAGCUAGAUGGAAUGGGACUGCAAAAAGGUGGGAAUUGAAUGGGAUUCCAUGCAGGCAUGCCAUAGCUACAAUACAUGAAAUGGCUGAUAGUGGAGACAAAGUUGGGGAGCUUUACACUUAUGUUAACAAAGUGUAUUGGCUUCAAACAUGGAAUGAAGCUUACUCUUACACUGUGGACCCUAUAAAGGGUAGAGCCAUGUGGCCAAAAAGUACCUGUCCAUUUCAAUUAACACCACCACCACAUCACAAUCAACCUGGGAGACCUAACACCAAGAGAAAGAGAAGUGCAGAUGAAAAAUAUGAUAAACAGAUGCAAAAUCAUGGUGCAGGUGAACCUGAAAAACUUACCAGAAAGUUUGUUAGUGUUAGGUGUGGGAAAUGCAACAAUAGGGGUCAUAACUCAAGGACGUGCAAGGGUCAAGGUGGGAAUGCAGGAAGAAAUGAAGGAGGGAAUGCAGGAAGCAGUCAAGGAGGGAAUGCAUGA